CAUCUUGAGCAUCCUGAGUUACUUGACAUCUCCUGAGCAUCCUUUACAUCUCGAGCAUUCCCUUACUCCUGAGCCCUGACCCUUAUCAUGAGCAUCCUUGAGACAUCCUUGAGCACCCCUCCUGACAUCCCCACAUCCCGACAUUCCCCUCCUGAAUCCCGGAGCACCCCUUACACCUUGAGCAUUUGAUCCCCACAUGGAGACUUAGAGCAUCCUGAGCAUCUCCCUGACAUCUUGACCAUCACCCCUUGAGCGAUCCUUGUUAAAGACCCUUGACACCUUUACAUCUCCGAGCCAUCCUGAGACACUCCUGACAUCCUGAGACCCUUAAUCCCUGAGCAUCUCCUUGAGCACCCCUGAGCACCCCACACUCCUUUAGCAUCCUGACAUCCCCAUCCUGAGCAUCCCUUGAGCCAUCUCUGAGCAUCUGAUCCUGAGCACCCCGACAUCCUGAGCCAUCCCAGCACCUCCCUCCUGUGAGCACCCUGACAUCCCUGACAUCCUGAGCCCCUGAGCAUCCCCGAGUAUUCCUGAGCACCUGAGCAUCUCUGUGAGCCAUCUUGAGAUCCCCGAGCACCCCACUGAGCUGACCCCUUGAGCACCCCCCGAGCAUCUCGGAGACCCCCGACAUCUGACAUCCCCUGAGCAUCCCGACAUCCCUGACCCCAGCAUCUUGAAUCUCUUGAGCACCCUGACAUCCCCCCUGAGCACCUUGACCCUGAGCAUCCUUGAGCAUCCUGACACCCCUUGAGCAUCUCCCUGAGCAUCCCUUGUUCCCGACACCCCAGACACCCGAGCACUCCCACAUCCUGAGCUCCCGAGCAUCCCUGAGCACCCCCCCUGAGACCCCAACCCUGACAUCCUGAGUCUCGAGCAAGACCCCUGAUCCCUCCCUGACAUCCCUUACAUCCCCAGCAUCCCUGAGCAUCCUGAGCAUCCCCAGCAUCCCCUGAGCAUCCCUGACAUCCUGAGCACCCCUUGAGCAUCCCCACAUGAGCCACACCCGCAUCUUGACCCCUGAGCAUCCCUGAGCAUCUUUGACCCCGAGCAUCCCUGAGACCCCUGAGCAUCCCCGAGCAUCCCCGAGCAUCCCGAGCACCCUGACCAGCAUCCCCAUCCUGAGCAUCCCCCAUCCCCACAUCCCUUGACAUCCCCUGAGCACCCCACAUCUCGAGCAUCCUUGAGCACCCCAGCAUCCCCAUCCCUGAGCAAUCCCUUGAGACCCCUUUGAGCAUCCCCUUGACAUCCCUUCACCUCCUGAGCACCCCACAUCCUGAGCAUCCCCAUCCCGAGCAUCCCUGACAUCCCCACAUCCUUGAGCCCCUUGAGCAUCCCGAGCAUCCCCUGAGCAUCCUGAGCAUCCCUUGACAUCCCUGAGCAUCUCCUUGCAUCUCCUGAGCACCCCUUACACCCCAGCACCCCACACCCCUGAGCAUCCCCAGAAUCCUGAGCAUCCCCUGAGCAUCCCAAUCCCUGAGCAUCCUGAGCAUCUUGCCAGCACCCUGAGCAUCCUGAGCAUCCCCACAUCUUGAGCACCCUGAGCAUCUUGAGCAUCCCUGACAUCCCCAUCUGAGCAUCCCCACAUCCCUUGACACCCCAGCACCCCACAUCCCGAGCCAUCCCUGACAUCUGAGCACCCUUGUUCAUCCUGAGCACCCCACAUCCCUGAGCAUCCCCCCCUUGAGCCAUCCCUUGACCCUGAGCACCCCACAUCCCUGAGCAUCCCGCAGAGCAUCCCUUGUUAAUCGAGCAUCCCCACAUCCCUAGCAUCCCGAGCAUCUCCCUGAGCACCCUGAGCAUCCCUUGAGCAUCCCUUGAGCAUCCCCGAGCACCCUCCCUGAGCAUCCCUGAGCAUCCCUUGAGCAUCCUCCCUGACAUCCUGAGCAUCCCUUGACAUCCUUGAGCAUCCCAUGAGCAUCCCCUGAGAUCCCAGAGCAUCCUGAGCAUCCCUGAGCAUCCUGAGCACCCUGAGCAUCUCGAGCAUCCCUCCCCACAUCCCGAGCAUCCCCAGCAUCCCCAGAGCAUCCUGAGCACCCUGAGCAUCCCCAGCAUCCCACACCCCAUUCCUGAGCAUCCCCAUCCCCAGCACCCCAGCAUCCCCGAUCCCCACCCCACAUCCCUUGAGCACCCCACAUCCCGAGCAUCCCUGAGCAUCCCCCGAGCAUCCCCACAUCCCUCUGACGAGCAUCCCUGA